CAGUAGCACUAGCUCGUUAAUCAAUAUGUCCAAAAAGUUUGAUUUUGUGAUUUUCGGAGCAUCUGGUUUUACUGGGAAAUAUGUCUGCAAAGAACUUCUAAAUCAGGUUGGUGACAUGAAUGGAAGAAUUGCUCUCGCUGGAAGAAGCAAAAAGAAGUUAGAAGAUGUGUUGUGUUGGUUAACAGAAGAUUCUAGCUUGUCUUUCGACAUCGAUAAAAUAGGUUUCAUCAUCGCCAAUGUAGAUGACAGCCAAUCUCUUCUAAGCAUGUGUAAGCAAUCCAAAAUUGUGUUAGAUUGUGUUGGUCCAUAUAAAUUUUAUGGCGAAGCAGUGGUUAAAGCUUGCAUUGAUGGUGGAUCUGAUUACGUUGAUAUAACAGGAGAACCAGAAUACAUAGAAAUGAUCAUGACGAAGUAUCAUGAUGCUGCUGUUGCAAAAGAAGUUUACAUAGUAAGUGCCUGUGGAUUUGAUAGCAUUCCGAGUGAGCUGGGAGUCAUUUAUGCCAAAAGAAAUUUUAGUGGAACCCUCGCAACGGUUGAAAACUAUUUUUCAACCAGGGUAGGACCAAAAGGACUGGGCUUAAAUUUUGGAACAUAUGCGUCAAUAGUCCAUAUUUCUUCCAAUUUUGAUCUUUUGGCAAAUUUGUUUGCAAGAAGCUCUCCUCCUAUAUGUGGACCUGAAUUGAAGCAGAAGAAUAUUCAUUAUGAUCGCAGGCAAGAAACUUACGCUGUUCCAUUUCUGGGUGCUGAUCCAAUGCUUGUUAGGAAAAGCCAACAGUUUUAUUCUGAAAAGUACAAUGAAAUCCCUCUGCAGUUUACUAUGUAUCUCGCCACUAGUUUUGCAAGGAUUAUUGCAAUUAUGCUGUUUGGUAUCAUAUUGAAGAUUUUCACAUUGACUUCAUGGGGAACUAAGCUUCUAUUGGAUCAUCCUAAGUUUUUCACGGCUGGUGUCUUCAGCAAAGAAGGUCCCACUGAGGAGCAAAUUGCUGGAAGUGGAUUUGAAUUUCUUAUGUUCUGUGAGGGAUAUAAGAAACAAAUUGACACUGAUGAAUUCAAGGCCAAAAAUGGGUCAAGUGAUUCACUGGAUGCGAAAAUGACAGUGAGAAUCUCUGGUCCAGAAAUAGCAUAUGUAUUGACACCCAUUGCUGUGGUGCAAUCUGCAAUUGCAAUAGCAGAAGAGAGGAGUAAAUUACCCUCGAAUGGUGGUGUAUAUUCACCUGGACCAGCUUUCAGAGAUACAAAAAUAAUCAAAAAAUUACAUGAACGAGGCAUAAAAUUUGAAGUUUUGGACUGAAAGUUUUUUGUUCCGAAUUAGUAAUUAGUUUUUUCAUGUUUUUUGAAUUCUAGAUUUCUAUUGAUUAAUUACUUAAUUAUUAUUUUAUAAUUGAUAACACUGUACAUUUGCUAUCAACAUUAAUUCAUUCUGAUAUAUAAAUAUUUUUUAUAAUAUACAAUUUUUAAAGAGUUUUCUUCAAAACUAAUUUUAGUUGAUUGGGAUGUGUAUCUUAAUGCAAUUUAUAAUAUUACACUUUAGAAUACUUUAUCGAUUGUUAUUUAAAAAAUUCUGACUAAUAAUUUCCAUGGUAGAAUGCUCUUUUGCUAGCUAUCUAAUGUAUAUACAGUAUAUACUUAAAUGAGUGCAAUUUCUAGUGAAACUAAAAAGUGCAAAAUUUGUUCCAUUAAUUUUUUUUCUAUAUUGUAGCAAAAAUAUGAUUGUAAUAUACAUGGUAUGUCACAUCUCGAGACAUUUUUCUAUAAUUUUGAAAACAUAAAUAUGCUUGAAUUUUUUUGCAGGCAAUAUUGCCAUUCGUAUACACCAAUAGGUUGUCAGUUUUGAUGUACAAGAUAGAGAUAUGGAUGGAGAUCUCCCUUCAUCAGUUUCUGUGAUUAAUUUGUUGAAAAUUAAUUUUGUCAUAAUAUCUAUACUACCUAUUCAUAUUAUGUAAUGCCGAUCUUCUUGCUUUUUUAAUUUAACAAAUUAUAUUUUUAAUAAUUGCUAGA